AUGGCGUCGUCACCGUCACGAUCGCUGGUUUCUUCCUAUACCUUUGAUGAUAAAGAUCUAGACGACGCUGAUUUAUGGGCGAUUUUAGAUUCCGCCGCCGCUGCAGUUUCCCGGACUACUACCUCCUCCGCCGUCGGGAAACCCCUCGCUGUUAAGUUUCCAAACUACAAUUCUCCUGCGACACCUGUUUCUUUUCCUCCUCCACAAUCGAAGCGUCUUCAGAUCCCGAAUCAAUCUAGCUUUAACCGGCGGUCACACGAGGAGUCACCGCGCCCGAACAAGAUGGCCAGAUCCCCCGUCUUGUCUGAGGUAAACAGUGAGAGUCCUUUGGCUCUUGUUACGACGGCGAACAGGAAUUCGACUCCGAUUAUUCAUUCGACGAAGUUUUCUUCUCCGGAGAGUUACUUGUCGCCUGGGAUCAGGCACUCUACGCCCUUCUCGGAGGUUAAGAACGAUCCGGUUAAUGAGAUGCGGCAUAGUUUGUCUGGGAGCUUUCCUUCGGCUACUCUGUUCAAGGAAUUCCAGAAUACAGCCAUGGCGAUUCUAGAGAAAUCUGAUUACACGAUGAUAUCAGGGAAAGCAUACAUCAAAAAAUCAGGUUGGAGGAAAAUAUCGUUUUACUUCAACGUGUCUUAUGAAAUAAGAGACAAGACUAUUGAGUUUGACGAAAACAGAAAUGUCCAGCGUGCUGAGUUCAUCGUCCGAGCUAUCAUGCAUGGAGGAAGAUUUGCUGACGGAUGGGGCUCCUGUGAGCGACGUGAGAAGAAAUUUCUCAAACCAAAUCACGAUAUCCCCAGCACCGCAGAGACCAGAGCCAAAAACAGGGCUUGCCAGGAUCUUCUGGGAAUAGGUGAAUAUCGACAAAGCCCAACUGAGUUUCCACGAUGAUCAGACAACAUCAAAUGUGUUUCCCGACUUUGCCAAUACCAAGCUAAACAAUCUAUAUAACAAGAUCAAGAUCGACAAGAGUAUGUAUAUGUGCCUCUUCAUGAGGAAGAAAACGAAUGAAACUUGGUUGUAGUGUAAUGGAUUUUGAAUUGUGUCAAGUACUUUACUAA